AUGGAAUAUUUUAACCAUGGAAUAUUUUCUUUUUUAAAAAGACAGCUAGAUGGAAGCAAAACCAACGUCAGGGAUUGUCCCAGAUCUGAGGAACACUCACAAACAGAAAAAUGUCAAAUAAGAAAUGUGCUGACACAUUUUUUGUCGUCUAAGCUAUGCGUCGCGCUGUCACUCGUUGUUAUUUGUUUCAUACUGCAGAUUUUCCAUUUAUUUAAGGAUAAUGAAGACAUAGGGGGCGCAUUAAAUUCUGGAAAUAUCAAGGGAAGAAAUUUAUCACAAUAUAAUGGAAAUAAUCAACCAGGAGGCAAAAGUAGGAAUAGGAAAAGGAAUAAAAAGAGCAAGGAAACAUUCUUAAAUUCGGCUCAUGUGGAGGAAAAGGAAGAAAGUGGUGGUUGUAGAUAUGAAGAACUAGAAACGAUUUUAGGUGUGUCCGAUGAUCUCAUUGGAAGUGAUAGUGUAACUUAUUAUGUUUCAUUAGCUGAAGAUGUAUCAAAAGAAGAGUCCGAAGACGAAUCAGAAGGAGGCCAACAUGGAGUAUCGAAGGAGGAGUUUGAAGAGGACGAUGAUGAAGACGAUGAUGACGACGAUGAUGAUGACGAUGAUGAUGAUGAAUAUGAGGUACUUGAGGUGUUAGAGAGUGGAGAGGGCGUUUCGGGUUCUGCAAAGUCAGGAAAACUGGACGAUACAGUUUUUUUACCUUUGGACGAUGAUGAAUGCCUUUCUGAGGAUUCAGAUGCAGAUUCCGAAUCGGCAAAAAUAUCAACUGAAGAAGAAUUAUAUAAUAGGCUUAGAGGAUUAAGGGGCAAUUUAGAUGCUGCUGAAAUGCUUUAUUUAUGGAAUAGCUUCGAAGAAAUUGAGAAUAGUAAAUUUGUAGUUAUGCAAAGACACCUAUGGGAAUGGUGUGAAUUAUUAGCCUUUGAAUAUGGGCUUCCAGAAGAUAUUUUAUUAAAGGAAUGGAAAAGAAUUGUGAAUUUUUCAUCGGAUGAACUAAUGAAAAUGACUGUUAGGGAUUAUAGAGAUUUUAAAAAGUUCCUUAAUGAGGGAUCGAAGAAUAAUGUGGAUUUUGUUCACUUUCUGAAUUCUAAAAGGGAAACGUGGACCAAUUUUCGAUCCAGGACAGAAGAUUUCUGGAGGAAGUGCAUUGAUAAGAAAUUUAGAAGUUAUUAUAAUUAG